UUAGUCCGCGUACUGCUGGGACGCCACCAGGCAGCUUUUGAAAGAUGCAAUUCUGGCCUCGUGAGCCUUGAAGCCCGAGGUCGAACCGGGAGGAGGAAGCAACGGCGGUGGCAGCUGCGGCUGGCGAGUCCCCGGCCUGCCGCUAGGUCUCCAACCUGCAGGGCAGGAAGGACAAUUUUGGCGAGAAAAUGUCUGGCAACAAUGACUGGUUUCAGAGUUCCCGGGUCCCUAGCUUUGCUCAGAUGCUGAAAAAGAACUUGCCAGUUCAGCCAUCAGCCCAGACGGUAGCUACACCCACAGGAUAUUCUUCAGAAAGUUACAGCCUGUCGAAUAUGGCAUCCAAGGUUACGCAAGUGACGGGUAAUUUUCCAGAACCAUUGCUUUCCAAAGGUCUUUCAUCUACUUCAAAUCCUGUCCUUCCUCCAAAAAAAAUACCCAAGGAAUUUAUAAUGAAAUACAAACGUGGAGAGAUAAAUCCUGUGUCAGCUUUGCACCAAUUUGCACAAAUGCAACGAGUUCACCUUGACCUUAAGGAAACAGUAACAACAGGUAACGUUAUGGGACCGUAUUUUGCUUUUUGUGCUGUGGUGGAUGGUAUUCAAUAUAAGACUGGACUGGGACAAAAUAAAAAGGAGUCUAGAUCCAAUGCAGCAAAAUUAGCUCUCGAUGAGCUUCUACAAUUGGAUGAACCUGAGCCAAGGAUUUUAGAAACAUCAGGUCCUCCUCCUAUCCCUGCAGAACCUGUUGUUUCACCUGAACCAGUCUAUGUCUCAAAAAUACAUUAUGAAGAGAGACAUAUUCAGCGUGGAAAGAUAUCACAAAUUGUUAAAGAAACAUUUAAUCAACUAAUAUCUAAUCAUUCAGAAUAUCUGAAAUGUAGCAAUUCAUUGGCUGCUUUUAUAAUUGAAAGAGCUGGACAGCAUGAAGUUGUAGCUAUAGGCACAGGUGAAUACAAUUAUAGCCAGUGCAUUAAGCCAAAUGGAAGAGUGUUGCACGAUACUCACGCUGUUGUUACAGCAAGAAGGUCUCUCCUUAGGUACUUUUAUAGACAACUUCUGCUCUUCUACAGCAAAAAUCCUGCUAUGAUGGAAAAAUCAGUAUUUUGUACAGAGGCAGCUUCUAAUCUGCUCACUCUCAAACAGAAUGUCAACAUUUAUCUCUAUAUGAACCAGUUGCCUAAAGGGUCAGCCCAGAUUAAGUCACAAUUGCGUCUUAAUCCACAUUCUAUAUCUGCAUUUGAAGCCAAUGAAGAGCUGAGUCUCCAUGUGGCUGUUGAAGGCAAAAUUUAUCUGACUAUCUACUGUCCUACAGAUGUUGUUAAUAGAGUAAGCAGUAUGUCUUCAAGUGACAAAUUGACAAGAUGGGAAGUGCUUGGUGUACAGGGAGCAUUGCUGAGUCACUUUAUACAGCCAGUUUAUAUCAGCAGUAUACUUGUUGGCAAUGGGAAUUGCAGCGAUACUAGAGGUUUAGAAAUUGCUAUAAAGCAACGUGUUGAUGAUGCACUGACUUCAAAACUUCCAAUGUUUUACUUGGUCAACAGACCUCAUGUUAGUUUAGUACCUUCUGCAUAUCCACUUCAAACAAACUUGGAAUAUAAAUCCCUGAGUCUGAAUUGGGCACAGGGGGACGUUUCUUUGGAGAUUGUGGAUGGCCUAAGUGGAAAGAUCACUGAAAGUUCCCCAUUUAAAAGUGGUGUGUCAAUGGCAAGUCGGCUUUGUAAGGCUGCAAUGUUAAGUCGAUUUAACCUGCUUGCCAAAGAAGCUAAAAAAGAAGAUUUACUUGAAGCUAGUACAUACCAUGCAGCAAAGUGUAUGUCUGGAUCCUAUCAAGAAGCUAAAACUUUGUUGAAAUCCUACUUGCAGCAACAUGGCUAUGGCUCCUGGAUUGUGAAAUCUCCCUGUAUAGAGCAAUUUACAUCUAGGAGCUGGAUGCAGAAUAGGGCAAGACUAGAGGAUCUACUUCCCCCACCUCCACCAUUCUCAGACUCGUCCUACUCUGAACAAAGAAAAAACUGAAGCCCUCCUGAUGACGCCUUGGAAUCUCAGACCUACUUGGAACCAAGGCAGCAAGUAGGAGCUAAUUGUCUUCUGUUGCCUCCAGUUCCUACUCUCUUCACUGUUAGAACAGAGCAUCACUCUCCUCCAUAUGAACUUCCGUUCUGAGCCUGCUUCCUAAAUCCUGUCACGGAACUCUCCCCUCCCACACUGGUGGUUCUGUUCUAAGGCAAACCGAAAUAAAAAAAAUUACUCUAGA